CUCGCCCGGACGCGCCGCGCCUCGACGCCGCUUUCCCGGGCGGCCGGAGCAGCCGCGAGCAACCCCGAGGGGAAGGAAGUGCUCGCCGCCCUGGGCUGGCCUCUCGCAGGGCUGGGGUGAGCCGGCUCUCGCGGCGGCAGGCCUCCAACAGGGCGCCCCGUCGGCGGCCGAGCUUGCCAAAGGCUCGGAUCGGCAUGGCGGCAGCAGCCUCAGAAGAGCCCCCCAAUGCACAUGAUGUGCUGAUUAUGUACGGGAAAGACGCUAGAGAGUGGUGCCAGUACCUUCAGAGCCUCUUCCAUUCAUGCCGAGACCUCCAGACCUACCUCGUGGAGAGCGGGACUCCUAUUCCUCCUGAAAAGUUGGAGCUCUUCAAGAGCAGCCGGUGCACCAUUGUAUUGCUCUCCUGUGACCUGGUGAAGACCUUCCAGGCCCCGGCGGUCCUGAAGAGCCUGCAGGAAGUGCUCCAGCCGCCUCAUAAAAUCGUGAAACUGUUCUGUGGUGUGGCAGAAUGUGAGGAUUACCAAGAGUGCUUCGAAGACUGGUCCCGGUGGAAACUGUUGACCUAUGAUGACGACCCCGAGACCUACGUCGCAGCUGUCAUGAAGGCAAUUUCAGAAGGAGAUUCUGGUUGUGAUUCGGUGACUGAUGCAGACGGGGAGGAUGUCAGCGAUCGACGUGACUCCUGUAAUACGUCAACGCAGCGGCAGCGUGGGAUGUCAGGGACCAAAAUGGGAAACCUAAUUGCUGUACAGCCGAAUCGCAUACGCUGUGGGGUGCGGACAACAAUGUACAUCAUUCUAAAAUGUAAGCUGGAUAGCCAAGUAAAAAUUGAAGUGGAAUUUUCUUCUGAGCAUUGUCAGUCCGUGCGAGUCCCUUCCAGGUUGGAGAAUGAGUAUACAGUGUCAGUUUGUACACCUGACUUAUCACCUGGCACAGUAUGUCUGCGAUUGUAUGCUGGGGAUUUAAUGGUAGCUGAAGCAGACAUUAGCUAUUAUACUGACAUGGAAGAAAUCAGCGACUUGCUGACUUCUGCAGCAAAUCCAGUGGAAUUCAUGUGCCAGGCAUUUAAAGUAGUUCCUUACAACACAGAAGCUCUGGACAAGAUCCUGACGGAGUCAUUGAAGAAGAAUCUUCCUGCAAGCGGUUUGCACCUCUUAGGAAUAAACCAGCUAGAAGAAGAAGACAUAAGUACAAGUCAGAGAGAUGAAGAGCUGCCCACUCUGUUGCAUUUUGCUGCAAAAUACGGACUGAAGAACCUCACAGCCCUGCUGCUUACAUGCCCAGGAGCCCUGCAAGCCUACAGUGUUGCCAACAAGUAUGGUCUCUACCCCAACAACAUUGCAGAGAAACAGGGCUUCAAAGAUCUCCGGCAGUUCAUUGAUGAAUAUGUGGAGACAGCAGACAUGUUGAAGAGCCACAUAAAGGAGCAGCUGAUGGAGGGGAAAGAAGAUGAUUCCGUUUAUGAGUCCAUGGCUUACCGCUCCACUGACCUGCUGAUGAAAUGUUCUCUGAAUCCUGCCUGUGACGAGGAUCUGUAUGAAUCCAUGGCUGGCUUGGUUCCUGGGGCCACAGAAGACUUGUAUGUAGAAAUGCUUCAGUCGGAUACUAGCAGCUCCCGGACAACAAAGGACUACAUGAUGCGCAGAUUCUUAGAAGGUGUGAGCAUGACUGUGCCAGAAUUCAAAGACAAUACAUACCACCUGUGUGAAGAUGAAGAAGUGUAUCACACUGUGGAGCAAGACAACUUUCCUCUAGAACUGAUCAACAGACCCCCGGUUCCUGUGCCGAGACCUGACCCUCCAAGGCAACAGGACAAAGAACCCUACAUUUAUAAAGUAUUUUCAGGAAAAGACUAUGAGAGCUCUGGGAAUCUCUAUGUGUCUUCAGAGAACCUUAGGAAAGAGGCAGCAGACAAAGCUUUGAGGGUCCGUUCCCAAUCCAGUAUAUAUGAUCCAUUUGCUGGGAUGAAAACCCCCGGGCAAAGGCAGCUGAUAACUUUACAGGAGCAAGUGAAGCUGGGGAUGCUCACCGUGGACGAAGCUGUCCUGCAUUUCAAAGAGUGGCAGCUCAAUCAGAAAAAGAGAUCGGACUCAUUUCGUUUUCAGCAGGAAAACUUGAAAAAACUACGUGACAGCAUCACACGACGACAACUUGAGAAGCAAAAGGCGGGCAAACAUUCAGACUUGGAAAUCACUGUGCCUGUGGGACAUUCCCAGAAUACCCCCAAGAAACCGGAAUGUGGCAUAUAUGAAUUUAGCCCCCGGAAAAAUAUCUUCCCACCAAGUAAAGAGAUUAAGCGAGGGGACUGGAAAACAGAAAGCUCAUCUAGCUCUACAAGUAGUUCAAGUAACCGAUCCAGUACUCGAAGUUUACUGAGUGUCAGCAGUGGGAUGGAUGGAGACAAUGAGGAUAACGAGAUGCCAGAAGUGAAGAGAAAUUUUAGCCCUAUGACACAUCAAGGGAACAAGCCACACUUCACGACAUCUGGAAGGACUCCAAGAAUACCUCCUCGUACUGCUAGCAGGCCGUUGAGCAGCGACAGCAUCCGCCCACCUCCGGUGCCCCCAAGAGGCCGUGAAAUGCUGCACUAAAAUCCUUAGAACAGUGAAUUGUGGAGACCUGGAGUUUCAUUCUUAAGACUGACUUUUUCAUGGUAACAAGCUUUAAGUAUUGCCAGGAUAAGUUUUCCCCUCUUUCUCCCCAUUAAUGGAAUAAUUUUGGCACAGACGUUUACCUCAGAAACAGAGCUGAGAACAAGAAGUUGGAUUCUUCCCUGUAGUGGCUUUUCAGAGCUGGUCAGAAAAGAACUGCAGAGAUUUCUCGGAAGCAUCUGAUUCAUCUAACUUAAUCACAGCAGACCCGCAGGGACCCAAUCGUCUUCUCAAAACCUCUCAAUUUAUUAAAAUAUAUCUUCAAGCAGAAACUUUUCUUUGUUUAUCCACAAAUGAGAUAGUCUGCACUACUUCUUCAUGCCGUCUGACAAUAGAAAUGUUCACUGAAAAGGCAGGCAGACCAGUGCCUUUUAUGGUCCAUGAUCUUGCAGACACUCAAGUGAAAUCAGUGAUACCUUUGAAAUCUUCCCCGGUGCUUACAGAUUUUGUAAUGGCUCUGUAUUUCAGGCCACCAAACCAGUACAUAGACAAAACAGCAAUACAGAAAUGCUGAGCCGCAAUUCCUGAUUUAAGUACCAGAAGGAAUUUCCGUGGAACUCUGUGCUUGCCUUGCCAGUAUGGUACUUCUGUGACGAUUUAUCAAAAGCCAGCUAUCCAGCUAUGGAUGUAAAAAAGAGGCAGAUUCUUUCUAGUUCAUGAACAUCAAUAAAACAUGCAUAGAAGUGUUCAGUUUA